GUUGUGCCAGGGGAUAGUAGAAUUGUGUGGUUCGACUUUGCUUCAGAGAGGUCUGAGAGCACCAGGAUAAAGUGGUCACCUGAGUGGUGUGCUCCUGAAAGGAGUGUAGUGUGCUCCUGAAAGCUCCUCAGUGGAGUCACGUGGAAGUACUUGUUUGUGAGGCCUGGAGGACAGCAUCUGAGUGUGUGUGAGCAAAAGGCCCACCAUGUAUGUGCCUACAUGUGCAUCAAUGUGAAGAUCUAGGUGUGUUAGAGAACUUCGCGUCUCACAUGCUCUCGUUCAAAUGUGAACCUCAAGUGAAAGAGGCGCUGCAAGGAUUACAGUACUUGUAUAAAGAGGGCCUGCUGCUCAGCACCACACCAAGGCCCAGAGGACAUGGCCUGCCUCCAUGAGACCCGCACACCCUCCCCUUCCUUUGGGGGUUUUGUGUCUACCCUAAGUGAGGCAUCCAUGCGCAAAUUGGACCCAGACACUUCAGACUGCACACCUGAGAAAGACCUGACCCCCACCCAGUGUGUACUUCGAGAUGUAGUGCCUCUUGGUGGGCAGGGCGCGGGCGGACCCAGCCCCUCUCCGGGUGGAGAGCCACCCCCUGAGCCUUUUGCCAACAGCAUCCUACAGCUACAUGAGCAGGAUGCAGGGGGUCCAGGGGGAGCUACUGGGUCACCUGAAAGUCGGGCAUCUAGAGUUCGUGCUGAUGAGGUACGGUUGCAGUGCCAGAGUGGCAGUGGCUUCCUUGAAGGCCUUUUUGGCUGCCUGCGCCCAGUAUGGACCAUGAUUGGCAAAGCCUACUCCACAGAACACAAGCAGCAGCAGGAAGACCUUUGGGAGGUCCCCUUUGAGGAAAUCUUGGACCUGCAGUGGGUAGGCUCAGGGGCCCAGGGUGCUGUCUUCCUGGGGCGAUUCCACGGGGAGGAAGUGGCUGUGAAGAAGGUUCGAGACCUCAAGGAGACUGACAUCAAGCACCUGCGAAAACUGAAGCACCCCAACAUCAUCACAUUCAAGGGCGUGUGUACCCAAGCACCAUGCUACUGCAUCCUCAUGGAGUUCUGCGCACAGGGCCAACUGUAUGAAGUGCUGCGGGCUGGCCGCCCUGUCACCCCUUCCUUGCUGGUUGAUUGGUCCAUGGGCAUCGCCGGCGGCAUGAACUACCUACACCUGCACAAGAUUAUCCACCGAGACCUCAAGUCUCCUAACAUGCUAAUCACGUAUGAUGACGUGGUGAAGAUCUCAGAUUUUGGCACUUCCAAGGAGCUGAGUGACAAGAGCACCAAGAUGUCCUUUGCAGGGACAGUAGCCUGGAUGGCCCCUGAGGUGAUCCGCAAUGAACCUGUGUCUGAGAAAGUCGAUAUCUGGUCUUUUGGUGUGGUGCUAUGGGAACUACUGACUGGCGAGAUCCCCUACAAGGAUGUAGAUUCCUCAGCCAUCAUCUGGGGUGUGGGAAGCAACAGUCUGCAUCUACCUGUGCCCUCCAGCUGCCCAGACGGCUUCAAAAUCCUGCUUCGCCAGUGUUGGAAUAGCAAGCCACGAAAUCGGCCAUCAUUUCGACAAAUCUUGCUACAUCUGGACAUUGCCUCAGCUGAUGUACUCUCCACACCCCAGGAGACUUACUUUAAGUCCCAGGCAGAAUGGCGGGAAGAGGUAAAACUACACUUCGAAAAGAUUAAGUCAGAAGGGACCUGUCUACACCGACUAGAAGAGGAACUGGUGAUGCGAAGGAGGGAGGAGCUCAGACAUGCCUUGGACAUCAGGGAACACUAUGAACGGAAGCUGGAGAGAGCCAACAACCUGUACAUGGAACUGAAUGCCCUUAUGUUGCAGCUAGAACUCAAGGAGCGGGAGCUACUCAGGAGGGAGCAAGCUUUAGAGCGGAGGUGCCCAGGCCUGCUGAAGUCACACCCUUCCCGGGGCCUCCUGCAUGGAAACACCAUGGAAAAGCUCAUCAAGAAGAGAAAUGUGCCACAGAAACUAUCACCCCAUAGCAAAAGGCCAGACAUUCUCAAGACAGAGUCUUUGCUACCUAAACUAGAUGCAGCCCUAAGUGGGGUGGGGCUUCCUGGGUGUCCUAAGGGCCCCCCCUCACCAGGACGGAGUCGCCGUGGCAAGAUGCGUCACCGCAAGGCCAGUGCCAAGGGCAGUUGUGGGGACCUGCCUGGGCUUCGUGCAGCUGUGCCACCCCAUGAACUUGGAGGACCUGGAAGUCCUGGAGCCCUAGGAGUGGGACCCUCAGCUUGGGAGGCCUGCCCUCCAGCUCUCCGUGGGCUUCAUCAUGACCUUCUGCUCCGCAAGAUGUCUUCUUCAUCCCCAGACCUGCUGUCAGCUGCACUGGGAGCCAGAGGGCGUGGGGCAACAGGAGCUGGGGAUCCUGGUUCACCGCCCCCAGCCCGGGGUGACACCCCACCAAGUGAGGGCUCAGCUCCAGGCUCCACCAGCCCAGAUUCACCUGGGGGAGCCAAAGGAGAACCACCUCCACCAGUAGGGCCUGGUGAAGGAUCAGGGCUGCUGGGAACUGGAAGGGAAGGGACAGCAGGCCGGGGAGGAAGCCGGGCUGGGUCUCAGCACUUGACCCCAGCUGCACUGCUGUACAGGGCUGCUGUCACUCGAAGUCAGAAACGUGGCAUUUCUUCAGAAGAGGAGGAAGGAGAGGUAGACAGUGAAGUGGAGCUAACAUCAAGCCAGAGGUGGCCUCAAGGCCUGAAUAUGCGCCAGUCAUUAUCUACCUUCAGCUCAGAGAACCCAUCAGAUGGCGAGGAAGGUACAGCUAGUGAGCCUUCCCCAAGUGGCACACCUGAAGUGGGCAGUACCAACACUGAUGAGCGGCCAGACGAGCGAUCUGAUGACAUGUGUUCCCAGGGCUCAGAAAUCCCACUGGACCCACCUGCUUCAGAGGUGGUCCCUGAGCCUGAACCUAGCUCCCUGGCUGUCCCACACCAGGACCUACUCAGAGGUGAGCAGGGCCCUCCCAAUUCUGAGGACUCAGACUGUGACAGCACUGAAUUGGACAACUCCCACAGCGUUGAUGCCUUGCGGCCCCCAGCCUCCCUCCCUCCAUGAAAGCCACUCUUAUUCCCUGUACAUAGAGAAAUAUUUAUAUAAAUAAUAUAUAUGCGCCACAUAAUCAACACAGAAAGAUGGGACUGUCCCAGCUUUUAAGUCUGACUUGAGGGAGAACUGACUCCCUGACCAAUUCACCUGAUAAAAACUCUACACUGGCAGCUGGAGAUUACUGCCCUAGAGCUGUGCGUAAGGAGAAACCGACCUUCUUGCUUCAUCCCAUUCCUUAUGUACUGCAACCAACUAGGCAGUAGAAAAGCCAGAAUUGUCUCUUAAGCUCUUAACCCCUACACAGCUGGGGGGGAGAGGGGCAGGAGAGGGAACCACUAAAGACUGCACUUUUGUUUUCUGUUUACACAUUUUUGCACUUAGGAGGAGGGAAACUAAGGUUGGAUCCUCCCCCCUGAGGUUUCUCAGGUGGCAAUGUAUCUCAUUUCUUUGUUUCUCCAUCUCUGCCUGAGCCCUGACUUAGGGCCCAGGGGGAGGCUGGGAGACUGAUAGCAUGUGGAUGGCUCAGGCUGAAGAACUGGGGUCCUGUUGAAGUCCCUGCUUUUAUCCUGGUGCCAGAUUGGGGUGGGGACUGUCAUAUUGUAACCCCUGUGAAAAACCUUCAAAUAUAACCACUCCAUGCAGGCCCA